GUUGCUUCUUUAAUACUAAUGUUAUUCCUUCUCACUGGUGGAUACUAUGUCCAGCACAUACCAAAGUUCAUGCAGUGGAUGAAGUACCUUUCAUUCAUGUACUAUGGAUUCAGACUUCUUCUAAAAGUGCAGUAUUCAGGAGACCAACUCUAUGAAUGUGAGAGCAUAGGAGGGUGUAGGACCCUUCAGAGUUCACCUUCAUUUGACACUGUUAAUUUGAAAGGUGGCUUACAAGAAGUUUGGGUUCUCAUAGCCAUGGCAUUAUGCUUCCGUUUUCUUGCUUACUUCUGCCUCCGCAGAAACAUUGAUGUAUGCAAUUAUUAGUAUCUUUGAUGAGUGAUUUGAGAAUUAAUGUGGUGGUUGUGGUUGUUUGUAACAUGUAACAUUUGAGGUA